UUGCAUCAACUACCUCGGCCGCUGCUCAGGGUCCAGUCAGCAGCAAUCAGAUCUACGAGCCGGAAGUGGCCGCCGACCAGACCACCCUCUACAAGACGGUGGCCAGCAGUGAGCCAGAGUACGCCGGAAGUCAGGAGUACAGCGGCGGCAGUGGACAGAGCUACGGUGGUGGCGGUGGAGGAUACCAGAAAGACAGCUACAAGGAGGAGAAGUAUCCCCACCAGCCGUACGGCUUUGGCUACAAUGUCGACGACGGCUACGGGAACAAGCAGUGGCGCCACGAGAAGAGCCAAACGCCGCACGCCGUUUCCGGCACCUACGGCUACAAGGACAAGAAUGGCAUCCUCCGCGAGGUGAACUACGUCGCCGAUGAGAAGGGCUUCCGGGCGAUGAUCAAGACCACCGAGCCGGGCACCGCCCCCAAGGACCCCUCCUACGUGAAGAUGGACGCCAACCCCAUUGCCGUCGAGUACUACCCGCCCUCAAAGAAGGGCGGGGCCGGAAGCUACUCGGCCAGCUCCAAGCCGGCCAGCUACUCGGGAGAAGGUGAGCUCUAUGCCGAUAGUGGUAAUGCUGGUGGUGGUAGUGGUGCAUCCGCUGGGGCUAGUGGAUACUCUGUUAGCGGUGGUAACGGUGGUGAUCAGUACCUCGAGUCAAAGAGCAGCAUCAAGUUCGCUGAUGACAGCAACGGCGGCUCGGCCGGAUACGCUG